ACAUUGAAAGCUGCUUCGUGGACGGUUGAAUCAAUCACCAAUUUCGUCGGAGCGAACACGAAAUUAGAACUUAAAUUGCAUGAUUUGAGCGAUUUAGUAAAUCGUAUUCAAACACAAGAUGAGAAAAUGCAAUCGUAUGUAUCGAAUUAUCAUGAUUUGGAACGGUUUACGCUCGAAGGUUUUGCCCAUUGGAUCAUAGCACAAGACACGAUGUCUGUACAGGGUUUACUCGAAAGAAUUCAUUUAUUGGUUACCGGGUCGACGGAUUUUGAAAAUAUCGGCAGUGUGGGUGUGCUUCAACUACUUGCAGACAACAUGGAGGUAAUUGACGACAGAGUUUUUUUCUCAUUCAUUUUAUAUGAUGGGAGAUAAGCGAACAGAAUGUAAUGUGUUUUAUAAAUACAUUAUAUCACUCGAAACCAUCAGAAGCAUGUGUACAAAUUAAAAAAAUAAUCGCAUGCCGGCAACACUCGAUAAUCCACAUCUUUGAAAACAAAAAUUAAACAAAUAAUAGUAUUUUCCCUCGUUCGUAAACAAAAUGAAAAAAAAGAACGCAAACUCAACCCCUGCAAUUUUCUACAGCAAACAGAAUAUCAUUCGAAAUCAUAAAAACAAACAAAGAUAUAUCAAAUGCAAUUCAUGAGAACAAAGGAAACGACUGAAAAGUUUAUAUGAUAUAAAAAUCAUUUUGUGUGUGAAUCAGUAUGAAACGUUGAGUAAAUCAUGCAAUUGUGACACCAAUAGCACACAUACACAGAGCAACAGCAACCAAGCAACAACAACACAAAUGCAACAAGCGACGUUAGUGCGAGUGUACGACAUGAGCCAAAAUUAUGCUGUCAAAAAGAUACAAUUUCAACAUUUGUCUCAUUCCCUCUCAUAUUGGACACAUAAUGAAUGUACAUUGUAUAAUGGUGUGCGUGUGUGUGCGUGUGUGUUUGUCUCAAAAGUUAUCGUUGUAGUGCUGCUCAUCAGUGUGUCUACUGCUGUACAGGCAUUCAGUGAGAAUGAACAAACAACAAAACAGCUACAGCUAAUUAGUUAGUCUCAUUUGAAACGUCAACGCGUCCAGUAAAUGUUUUAAAACGUUGUUGAAUCGCAGCAGCAGCAGCAGCACCAACAACAACGGCAGUAGCAACAGCAAAAAUCGCUCAUAAUACAUUUACGGAAGUCUACUAAUAUAAAAAUAAAAAAAAUCUGUUUUGUUCACUGAUUUGAUUCGGAAACAAAGAUAUUAAAAUCGCUACAGUUCAACUGCGUGUGUGUGUUUUCGUUGUUGUUUCACUUAUUUGUGAAUCUCAACUUAUUUUUUUUCGCUGUCAAAGUCCCAAGUUCAAAUUGAUUACAUUUAGAAUGAAACAGUUCUCAAAUAAAGCAAUCACAGCAAGUGUAAUUUAAUCAAUGCGGAACGAAUAAAUUUUUUCCCACUAAAACGAAAAAUUAUCUUAGUUUGAGACACUUUUGCACUGUGUGAAAUGUGUUCAUAGAAGUUUUUCAGUGCGUCGUGAAAUACAUAUUGUAUGUAUGUAAUUGUCAUUUUAUACUCAGAGGGAUAAACUGAACAGACAUAAACAUGACAACGUAUAAAAUGGUCAAAAUUGCUGUCGUUGCUUUCUUCAUUUCUUGCAAUUUAUUGUGCGCAAUUAGUGGCUAUUCAAAAGGGGCCACAUCGACCGAUUUUCUGCGGGCACAAUAUUUACAACUGGAAGCUGAAUUAUGGAGUAUAAUUGAAAAUGGUGUUGAUCAGUCGAGCGUUCUGAAUCAGAUAUUGAGUCAACAUCAAACAUUUAUCGACCGAAACAUCACCAACAUCGAUUACAAUGAAAACGAAUUCUAUUUGCUUGAAAAAAUAUACGAGUGGAAUAUAGUGAAAGAGAGUUUGACGCCAAUUCGUAAGCUAUUCGAAACAUUUCAAAUGAUUGUUGACAAAAAUGCGGAACAAUUCAACCGAUUGGAAUUGACCGAUUUGGCUGAUACAAUUCUAUCGGAAUCGGAAAAUAUAAAUGGCACCACAGAAAAUAUCGAAAACUUUAUGGUUAAACAGGGAACGUACUAUAAAGUGAUGCUGGAAGCUCAAAAUCUGGUUUGCAUUUCAAAGCAGUCAGCACAACAAGUACUGUUCCAAAUGUACAAUGCUAUCUCCAUUGCCGAACUCAAGGGAUACGCAAUGAUGCAAUUUUCAUGGAUGAUUUUAAGAACAUACGGCAAAGGCAAUUUCUCAAAAGAAUCUCAUUUGAUGCGCGAAAGAUUUGAAGAUCGCGUUCAAAGAACACAAUUGCUAAUGCGAAAGGUGAUGGAACGUGCAAGUCGAUCUGUAUGGCGUUGUGAUCCAAGACAUCACAUCGAGGGUGAAACAUUCAUAACUGUAACUCGGUUGUUGCAAGGUUAUAUUGAAAAUGAAGUUGACAUGAACAACGAUAACACCUGCCGUGAAAACUGUGCCGCCUAUCAAUUCGCGGAGUCGUAUAGCUGCUACAAGGAAUUAUUCUGUGCACGCCAGCCAAAAUGUAGCGGAAAACUCUUGAAUUGCCAAUUUUUCGAUUCAGACAUGUGGAUUUGUCCAUCGAAAGCGUCCAGUAAUAGACGUUAUGAGUUCAUUGAAUAUGAGAAUGGCCGAUUGCUCGGAAAGCCGGGCAGCUGCACGACUGGAACCAGUAAAGUUGACUCAUGGUGGCGCUGGCUUUUCUGGCAUUGUAGCUACUGUUUGUGUAUCUGUGAUGAGCAAGGACCAAAGUCAGACCGUUACUUCAAUUUGCGAGAGGCUACCUCGAAUAUCACGGCUAAUAAAGUGGUGACUGGUGUCAGAUUCAGAAAAGUAAACCGUAUAAUUCACAUCCAGAUUCAAGAAGGUGUGCUACAAGCAAGAGGUUUUGUAAAUGCAUCUACACUGAGCUGGAAAUCGGUGAGUGACUACAAGUUGCUCGACCGGGGCAUUCGAAACGGUCUUGAUUAUCACACCAUGAGUUGGGACAAACGAGCCAUUGAUUUGGACGAUUUGGUAGCCCCGAACAGUCAUGUCGUUACCGGAAUUAGAUUGCGUGUUGUUGGAACACAUUUGAAUCUGGAAAUUCGAGUAACUGAAGCGGAUUUCACCACCGGACGUCUAAUUGAUCCGGAAGAAACCAGUUUCUGGAAAUCAAACGAUAACACCGAAAGCAGUUCAGACAAACGAACACCGGUUAAAUUAAAGAACCCAGAUAUUCCAGUCCUUUCAACGACGCCAUCGGAAAUUGAUUCAACUUCGAAUCAGUAUAUCGAAUUCACACACACCGAUUUGGAUCGUGAUGUUGGUCAAACAACUGUGCCAUACAUUGACGCUCAAGAUGUCAUCUCACGAGUCCCAGUCGCUCUCAGUGGAGCCGGUUUAUACCAUAAAGGGAAGGUGCUCUACGGUGGUUUUAUUGGACUGAAGCUGAUUACAUACGAUUUUCAGCCACACAUUUUGACACCACCUCAGGCUGAACAAGCUGAAGAUAUUAAAAUUGUAAAUUUACAAAAGUAAAGUAUAAAAAAUACCAUUCACAAAAUUUGCUACAUUUUACUACAACAAAAAACAUAAAAAGAGAAAUGAAACCGUGUAAUUUUUUAAACCAAUGAAAUUAAAUAAAUGGAAAGUCUAGAAAA